UCGAUUUCUUUUUUGUCACUGGAGAGCAUUAUGGGAAUCGUCAAUAUGCUUAAGAUCAGUGGAACGUUUAUUGCGAUGUUAGCCGUGGUGCGUUCGGAACCUCCGGUUAAUUCGUAUCUACCUCCAGGAUCGGAUACUUCUGGUACGAAUGGCGGUCGAACUGACUUGUCUACCCAGUACGGAGCGCCGGAUUUCAAUAACAGGGGUAAUGGAAAUAGUGGCGCAACAAGUUUCGGAGGGUCCGGCGCAGGUAAUGGUCCGUCAAAACUUUACGAUGUACCCAUCAGAGGAAAUACUGGCGGAAAUGGUUUAGGUCAGUUUCGAGGAAAUGGAUUUGAGAGUGGACAACCUUCUAGCUCUUACGGCGCUCCUAAAGGUGGUUUUGGUGAAAAUCGUGGCAACAGAGGAAGACCAUCGACUAACUAUGGCGUUCCCGACUCAAGUGGGAAUAACAGAGGUGGUUUCGGAAAUGGAGGUAGCGAAGCAAGACCGUCAACUAGCUACGGUGUUCCCGGUGCGAAUGGGAACCAAGGUGGUUUUGGAAGCGGAAGUAUCGGAGGAAGGCCAUCGACUAGUUAUGGUGUUCCUGGUGCGAAUGGGAAUAACGGGGGUAGUUUCAGAAACGGAGAUAUCGGAGGAAGACCGUCGACUAAUUAUGGCGCUCCCGGAGCGAAUGGAAACCACGGGGGCGGAAACGGUGGUAACGGAAGGCUCUCGAAUAAUUACGGAGUACCUGGAGCAAAUGGAAAUACGAAUGGUAAAGGUCGUUUGAAUGGAAAUAGUGGCGGAGGACCAUCGAAUAACUAUGGAUCUCCGAAUGGAUUCGGUAAAGGAUUAUCAACCAGUUACGGUUCACCUAAUAGAGGUGGAAAUGAUAAUCAUUAUCCAUCGGGAGGAAGUUUUAUAAAUGGUGGAAUUAACGGCUAUUCAUCUGGAAGUCCAAAUGGAAACGCAGGGAAUUUCGGACACGGCGAUGAAAGUUUUGGCAGAGGAGGAGGAGAAGGAGGAAAUACUGGCGAGGGUUAUAAUGCCAACGCGCAAGAAGAGAGUACUGAACCGGCGAAAUACGAGUUUUCAUAUAAAGUGAAGGAUCAGCAAACCGGCAGCGAUUACAGUCACACGGAGACUAGAGACGGUGACCAUGCUCAAGGCGAGUUCAACGUUUUGCUUCCAGAUGGUAGGAAGCAGAUUGUUGAGUAUGAGGCUGAUCAGGAUGGAUUUAAACCGCAAAUUAGAUACGAGGGCGAAGCGAAUGCCGACGGAGGAUAUGGCUCUGGACUGAAUGAUAACAAUGACGGUUAUUCUUCUGGUCGACCGGAUAGCGAAAGCGGUGGCUUUGCGAAUUCAGGAUUUAAUGGAGGUAGUAGUAACGGCGGUUAUCCAAGUGGUGGCCCUGGCGAAAGAAAACUCGGUGGAUUUAAUAACGGAGGCAGCAGCGGUUAUCAGUCGGGAAGAUCAGCAGGACAAUCCUUUGGCCGAGAUAAUGCUGGUGAUUUGAACAAUGAUAUCGGCGGCUACUUUUCCAAUUCUCCUAACAACAUUGGCGAUAGUGACAAUGCGAAUGUUGGAAGUAAUAGACAAAACGAUGGUAACAGUGGAUAUCAAUAUUAAAAGAACACAUAGUGUUCUUAAUCAAUAGAUUUAGAGACUAUAACUAUUUUGGAUAAUUUUGCAUAAAGGUGACGAAUUAAACGUAAUCAAUUAUUUAACAUAAAAAUAUUUAGCCAAUUUAAUUAUUAUUAUUUUAUAAUAAUCACACGGAUAAUGGGAAAUUUUCAUAUAACCAUAUUAUUAUAUCAUAUUACUGUAUUAUGCGUUUCUGAGAAUUUUUUGUCAACAAAAGAAAUAAAUUUAUUAAAAUAUAAAUUUCUUGCGCUCUAUAGAUUCGUUAAAUAAAAUUUAUAAAUUCAUAUAAAUUUAUUAUUAAUGUUUCGCGUACAUAGCAUGACUUAUUUAAACUGUGUAGCAACUUUUAAUUAGUGAGCAACAAAGAAAAAAUAAACAAAUGUAUAACUGACAUC